UACAUAACCUUUAUGAUUUUUUAGGUUAUUAAAAUGCUGUAUGGUCAUAUUGUGCAAAUAGUAUAUUAAAUUGGUGAAUAAUUUGUUGUAUUUAUUGAUUAUUGUUUGUUUUCUCUUAAACAAAAUAAUUAAUAAAUUGAUACAUAUUUUAGUUUUGCCAAAAUCAGUGGUAUAAAGCCAGAAACAUGAAGCCACUUUUACUCCACGGUCACGAGCGUGCAAUAACUCAAAUCAAAUAUAAUCGUGAGGGUGAUUUGCUAUUUUCAGCUUCAAAAGAUAACAAACCAAAUGUGUGGUUUUCCCUUAAUGGUGAACGGUUGGGUACCUUUAAUGGUCAUGGAGGAGCUGUUUGGUGUAUCGAUGUGGAUUAUACUACAUCAAGAUUUAUGUCUGGUGGUGGUGAUAACGCAUUAAUAAUAUGGGACUGUGAAACUGGCAAACAGAUUGGAAAUAUCUCGACAAAUUCAUCUGUAAGGGCAUGUAACUUUAGUUAUUCUGCAAACAUGGCCUGUUUUGUUACUGACAAAGCUAUGAAAAAUAUAUGUGAGAUAUUUAUUAUGGAUGUUAGAAAUGCAGAUGACAGCAUUGGUGAUGCUGAUCCCAUUUUGAGAAUACCAGUCAAUGGACCAAGAGUAUCAUCAUUACUGUGGGGCACUCUUGAUGAAACAGUAAUCACAGGUCAUGAAAAUGGUGAAAUAAUUCAAUGGGAUUUAAAGACAGGAAAGCAGUUGAACAGUACAAAAGAGCACGCUAAUCAGAUAAAUGACAUGCAGUUUUCAAAAGAUAGAACCAUGUUUAUAACAGCAUCAAAAGAUCAUACUGCAAAGUUGUUUGACAGUGACAACUUGAUGUUGCUUAAAACAUAUAAAACAGAACGACCUGUUAACUCAGCGGCAAUUAGUCCCAUUUUUGAGCAUGUUGUACUAGGGGGUGGCCAAGAUGCUAUGGAUGUUACAACAACAUCUACUAGAAUUGGAAAGUUUGAUUCGCGUUUCUUUCAUUUAGUGUUUGAAGAAGAGUUUGGUAGGGUCAAAGGACAUUUUGGACCUAUUAAUAGCGUCGCAUUUCACCCCGAUGGAAAAAGUUAUAGUUCAGGUGGAGAAGAUGGUUAUGUCCGAGUUCAUAAUUUUGAUUCGUCGUAUUUUGAUUACAGCUUUGAUUACUAAUUCAACUUAUAGUGUUUAAUAAACAUUUAAUAUUAAA